GUGCCACAGUUUGCAGUCUAUUGAAAUCCCAAUUUCGCACAGGCGCCUUCAACAAGCAAAAACAGAUUCGGGGAUGGACGGCUUUGGCUGGGAUACAAAGGGAGGUGCUCCCUCCGGCGGGCGGGCGCCUUCGUGAGUACGGGAUCACUGUGGACGCUCGCUGCCUGACAACCUCGCGAAGCAUCCUCGCUCCCCCCCCGUCGCUCACAGCUCCCACCUCUUUCUUGCCGCUGUCCACCUCCGCACCAUGGCUCGGGCCGCAAUCUCCCUCAUUGCCUUGGCGGCCGCCGCUCAGGCCCUGCCUCGCCAGUCCCCGUCCCUGAAGCGCGACGGCGCGUCCUUCACCUCUCAGGGGUGCUUCGUUGACAACGCCAACAACCAGAGGCUGCUCAGCGGCGCCAGCUAUGCCGACGAUGGCAUGACGGUCGAAAGCUGCGCCGCCUUCUGCACCAAGUUCAAGUACUUCGGUGUCGAGUAUGGCCGCGAGUGCUACUGCGACAACUCCCUGAGCGCCACCGCCACCGCCGACAGCGACUGCGCCAUGCCCUGCGCGGGCGACGCCGAUGAGACCUGCGGCAACGGCAACCGUCUCAAUGUCUACCUCAACAACAACUACGUCGCCCCCAAGGUUGCCACGCUCUCCGUGCCCUACCUGGGCUGCUUCGUCGACCAGGGCGCCCGCGUGCUCCCGGAUGACCUGCUCGGCGCCGACAACAUGACCGCCCAGGUGUGCGCCGCCCACUGCGCCGACUACAGCUACUUCGGCGUCGAGUACGGCCGCGAGUGCUGGUGCGGCAACAGCCCGCCCACCACCACCGCCGCCGAGUCCGACUGCUCCAUGGUCUGCGCCGGCGACGACACGCAGAUCUGCGGCGCCGGCAACCGCAUCAACGUCUGGGGCUCCCCCCUGGCCUCCCCCGACACCGUCGGCGACUACGAGUACGUCGGCUGCUUCACCGACAGCAACGACAACCGCUCCCUCCGCGGCCUCGUCACCUACGACCCGGCCAUGACGCUCGAGAAGUGCGCGGCCGCCUGCAGCCUGUACAGCUACUUCGGCGUCGAGUACGGCACCCAGUGCUACUGCGGCGCCUCGCUCGAGCCCAGCGCCCAGCAGGUGCCGCAGGCCCAGUGCUCGCUCCGCUGCGGCGGCGACUACAACAACGUGUGCGGCGACGCCGACCGCCUCAACGUCUUCCUCACUUCCGAGUGCAAGGAUGAGCCCGCCAACGUGCCCUCGGUCGACGGCUUCAGCUAUAAGUCGUGCUGGACCGACGACGUCAACAAUCGCUCCCUGGCCGACAACGUGCUCCGCAGCGACGACAUGACGGUCGAGAAGUGCGCCGCCUUCUGCCAGGGCUCCAGCUACUUCGGCGUCGAGUACGGCCGCGAGUGCUACUGCGGUAACGUUCUGGGCGGUGCCUCCGCGUCCGAGGACGAGUGCAGCGAGGUGUGCUUCGGCAACGGUGCCGAGUGGUGCGGUGCUCCCAGCCGUCUCAACGUCUAUUCUGCUGUCCUCCGCCGCUAGCGCCUCCCGUUCCUGUGUCAUCACCGACUAUUAGGCGCUGCGUGGACACAGCCGGUGGGCGCUCAGAGACGGUUGCGUGCCACUGAGCACGGGUGUCCCAUAUAGACUGUUAGUGAUAAUGCAUUAUGUUCAGUGCGUGUCAUUGUCAUGAGCGAGACUGGGAAGACGGGCUCGUUGUUGGCGAUAGCUAUUUUAAAAUCCCUUG